AUGAGUGCGAGGUGGUGGAGAACAGGGGCGGCCACGAUCCGCCGCCUGUUGCAGACGACAGAGCCGGGCCACAACAAUACCGUGGUUGCGCGUGGCUGGCUCAAGUCCCUGCGCAGACAGAAGCGCGUGGCCUUCGCGGCCUUGACAGACGGCACGACAGCCAGACCGUUGCAGGUCGUCCUCAGUCCAGAGACAGCCGAGCACCUCAACGUGGGCAGUGCAGUGGAGGUGUCGGGGACGCUGGCAGAGAGCCCCGGGAAAGGCCAGGCACUGGAGCUGCAAGCGGCGAACGUCAGCGUGAUUGGCGACUGCGACACUGCCUCUUACCCAGUGCAAGGCAGAGACGCAAGCGCAGAGUUCCUGCGCACCAUCCCGCACAUGCGCAUGCGCACAAGUACGCUGGCAGCCGCGCUGCGUGUGCGGUCCUGCCUGACCCAACUCACACACAGGAUCUUUGCGGAGUGGGACUUUGCCAGCGUGCACACGCCCAUCUUGACCAGCAACGACUGCGAGGGCGGAGGCGACGUCUUUUCCGUGACCGCACCGCAUCACCACCACCGCCACAGUGAGUCAAGCCAGCCCUCAGACGGUACCAGCGACAGCACUGGCACUGGUGGUCGCCUCAGAAGCAACCGCAACAGCGGCAACAGCGGCAACGGGAGCGAGGCAGAUGAUGCUGCUGCCGUGACGACUGCUGGGCUAUUCAGCAGGCCGUUCCACUUGACCGUCUCUGGGCAGCUCCAUGCAGAGGCCAUAGCAUGUGGCGCAUACCCGCGCGUGUACACAUUCGGUCCCACGUUCAGGGCCGAGAAUUCCCACACGCCGCGGCACCUGGCUGAGUUCUACAUGCUGGAAGCUGAGAUGGCGUUUGCAUCCCUUGACGACUGCCUCGACCUUCAGGACGACUUCAUAUCCGCUGCCGCCGCGCAACUCAUGCAUGCCGCGGGUGACGACCUCGACAUGCUCUGGUCCAAGGAGCCCGCCACCCGCGAACGCGUCCAAGCGCUCGCCAAGGGCUCGUAUGAGCGCAUCACGUACACAGAGGCCGUCAAGGCAUUGGAGGAGCACCACGCCAAGACGGCAUUCACGUUAGCGCCGUGUUGGGGCCGUGAUCUCGCAUAUGAACACGAGCAGUUCAUUGCAAACAUGUGUGAGGGCCCCGUGUUCAUCACCAACUACCCAAAGGCGAUCAAACCAUUCUACAUGCUGCAGGACGACAGCCCGCCAAGCCAAGGCGCGACUGUUGCUGCUGCUGACCUCAUCGUCCCUGGCAUUGGCGAGUUGACGGGCGGGUCUGCACGUGAGCACAGGCUUGAUCACCUCCACGCCAACAUUACUGAACAGCUUGGCGCUGCUGCCGCCGCUGAUCUCGAGUGGUAUUUGGACUUGAGACGGUUUGGAUCUGUGCCCCACGCAGGGUUCGGGCUCGGGUUUGAGCGGCUGCUGCUGGCGGUGACGGGAUUGAAGAACGUGCGAGACGUCAUUCCCUUCCCGCGUCACCCGGGCGUGUGCUACCUCUAA